UGUAUUGCGCGCCAUCUUGGAGGAGCGUCGGGGUGCUGGCAGGCAGGGCACAGAUGUAAACAAUCACCUUAUAUUAACUCGUGGGGCCCCAGACAGCCCUUGAUUGCCAGUGUCAGCUUCUUGGACGUUAGCACCUGAGUCCGGCGUACUCAGGAGCGCACAGCCACACGCCCUGCACGUCGGAACACAAAGGGUGGAACCAUGUUCUAUGCACAUUUUGUACUCGCCAAAAAGGGCCCUCUGGCCCGGAUUUGGUUGGCAGCUCAUUGGGACAAGAAGCUUACCAAGGCUCAUGUGUUUGAAACUAAUAUUGAAAAGUCAGUGGAUGGUAUCCUUCAGCCCAAGGUAAAGAUGGCCCUGAGAACCUCUGGUCAUCUACUGCUGGGUGUGGUGCGCAUCUACUCACGUAAAGCUAAAUAUUUAUUGGCUGACUGCAAUGAAGCUUUUGUCAAGAUCAAGAUGGCAUUUAGACCAGGCAUGGUGGACCUGCCCGAAGACAUCCGAGAGGCAGCAGUUAGUGCCAUUACCCUGCCAGAGGUGUUCCAUGAUUUUGACACAGCAAUGCCAGAACUGAAUGAUGAUGACAUUCAGGUUCAGUUCACCUUAAAUCAAUCUCGGGCAGAGGAAAUCACUAUGCGUGAGGACUAUGGGAACAUUUCUUUGGUGCCGGGGGAUGAUGGCUUUGGUGAUAUGGGCUUUGAGGAACCACCAGAUAUUAUGCGAGACACCUCAGCCAUGGAUCACAACCUGGACCAUCCUAGCCUCAUAUUUGGUGAUAGUGCACCACUAAACAAGGAGAAAGAACCUGGUACCUCAAAGGAGCAAGAUUCACGUCUCUCGGGAGCUCGUACUGACACGUCAGCUUUAGAUUAUGAGGCUCCUAUCCGUGAUGAUGGUUUUGGAGGUAAUCUUGGGCAGGACAUAAUAGCUGGGGGUCUCUUUGAAGGUGGUUUGUUUGAUGAUACUCCCAUUGAUGAUGGACCAAGUUUGGAUGAACCUAAGGAGGAGCGCCAUGAUGACUCGGAUGAUGAUGUUGGUGAUCUUGAUAGGUUUGGAGGUCCACCAUCUGUUGGACCUCUCAGUUCUGCAGAUGGAUCACGGCCCUCAUCCCCUAAACCUGAAGCCCAGGAUCCUAGUGACCAGCUGGAUGCAGUUCCUGAAAAUAAUGCAGAAGCAGCUCCAGCUGCAACGGGAGAUGAGACUUUGGCAGGCCAUGAACAGACGACUCUCUUGCAAAAUGAAGAAGAAAGUUUUGCUCUUGCUCCUGUGGAUGCUUCAGCCAUAAAAUCUGGAUGGCCUAGAACUAAAAGGAAGAGGAAGUUGAUUGUUGAUGAAGUGAAAAACAUAUCAGGAGAGGAAAUGAAAGCCCAGUUAUCUGACACAACAGAUAUUGUCACAACGUUAGACCUGGCUCCCCCAACCAAGCGCCUCAUGCACUGGAAGGAAACAGGUGGAGUGGAGAAGCUCUUUGCUCUUCCAGGACGUCCUAUCCAUGCCAGAGUGCUGGCCCGCAUAUACCAACGCCACCUCACUUCUGAACCAGCUGCUAAUGAAGACUUUGGAAUGGCUGGAGAUAGAGAACUUGAAAGUAUUAGUUUGGAAGUGGUACGGGAAGGUGAUGACCAUGAAGCCACCACUGGUCCAAGAACCAGAGGCAAACAGAACAAGAGAAAGCAACCAGAACCAGAUCCAGAGGAUGAUGAGGUUCUCCAAGUAAUGCAGACAAGAAGUCGAGAUGCAAAUGCAGGGUUGACAUCACCUCAGCCUCCCGAAACGCCAGUAGCACCAGCAAUCACGGAAGAACAUCCAACACCGGCUGUACCACCUCCACAACCAGAAGUCAUCACCCUGGAAGAGCAGCGUGAUACUGCUCUUGGGCAGGGAGCUGAGCCUGGUCAGAUUGGAGAAAGUGCACCAAGCCACACUCCUGGUCAUGCUGGUGGCUUCACUAGUCCUGCACACCAACUCCCUGACAAUAUUGAGGCACAUCAGACCCCAGCCCACACCACGCCCUUCCAGAGCCCUAUGCACACAGAGAUGGAGACUCCCAACUACUUGGAGAUGCCCACUGGAACUGAAAACCCUGGGUAUGAUGGCUCCCACCCACCAGCCAACACCCCUGGUGGCAUGUCUGAUGGUGGGCCACGCUCCAAUUAUUCAGAGCGUGCAAAUACUCCCACUGCUGUCCUCAGGCAAGAGGAGGAGGAAGAGGAAGAGGAGGAACAAGCAGAUGAUGAAACUUAUGAGCAGUUUGAGGAGCGUGUGGUUAACAAACGUGCUGGUCAGAUGUUUGUCAGCAUCAAGAAACGUCUCAGAAAUAACAAUAUCCUAUUCUCAGAAUUGGUACAUGGUAACAAUAGAAAGCAGGUGGCUCAGAAGUUUUAUACUAUGCUGGUAUUGAAGAAGCUCCAGGCUGUUGAACUUAGCCAAGAUGGACCCUUCACAGAAAUGUUCCUCAGCAGAGGACCUUUGUUUGAUAAUGCUUCAUUGUAAGCAUGAUACUGUUUGGGUCAAAAGAGAAAAAAAAGGAGCAGUGUGCCUAAGGAGAUGGACUUUUCCUUUUUAAGUUGGAAAUUAUUUUGUUUAAUAAUGCAAGGCAUUUAGAUUUUUACCAAGAAAUGUGAAGGCUCCCUUUUAAUUUACACACACACACACACACACACACACACACACAGAGGCUUUUUUCUCCUGAAUGAUGCUGUAUUGCAUGUGCUAGCCAUACUAAUUAAUGGUCCAUAUUUGUAAUCAGUAUAUCAGGAUUUAGAAGAUUUCUUUUAAUUUAUUUUUGAUACAUUGUGUGGUCUGUUAAAAAUUAUAUGCAUUCUUGGGAUAAUAAUUUGGUGUUUAUAAUUCUGUCAGUUUGGCAUUACAAACUAUUUUGUCUCUUUGGCUUUUCACAUCCUUCCUUAUACACACAUACACUCAUAAGCAUGCAAUGAAACAAUAUAAAAGUCACACCAUAGCCUAUAUAGGCUUCCAGGGAGAAUAGAAACUGAUCCUCACAAACCCCACUGCUCUUCAUUCAUCUCACUCAUGCACAACUACUCUCCAUUUCUCCAGAGACAUCCCUCUUCCACAUGAUGCUCUCUUCACUGUGUUCAUCCAUCCCAUUUUGUGAUCUUGCCUUAAUUUUAUACCUCUCUCUCUCUCUCUCUCUCUCUCUCUCUCUCUCUCUCUCUCUCUCUCUCUCUCUCUCUCUCUCUCUCUCUCUCUCUCUCUCUCUCUCUCUCUCUCUCUCUCUCUCUCUCUCUCUCUCUCAUUAACUGUCACAUCACUAACUAUUCUGUUCAAUCAUCUUUGUCAUUUAUAACAACUAUUUUCCCUCAGACUUUCUCAUUUCCUCAGUUGAUACAUUAAUGUCUCCACAUGUACUCCAGAGGCAUCUCAUUUCUUUUAUGUUCAAGUUCCUCCUCUUUGCUGAUAAUAAGAACAAGUGCAGGAAAUACAUGAAAUGGAAGAAAACUAACUGAUUGGGAGCUGAAUACUUGAGCCAGUAAAGUUACCUGGUCUUUUCAAAUUGUUGGCUAGUAUCAAGCUUACAUAGUUAUCAUUAGGAAUCAGCCAGGGAAUGCAGAUAAUUUGUGAUCAGUUAGAUACCAGUUUUAUUUCUUCAGCUGCAUUGUGGAAUCCUUCAAGACAGACCCUACCCCUUUACGAAAAAAAUAAAUAAAAUAAGAUAAAAUAAAAAGACAAUACUAAUAAUUAAUAAAUAAAAUCUUAAAAUGGUUUCCAACAUAAAACAAAACAUAGUUAUAUUUUAUAAAUUAUUGAAAUUAGAAGUUUUAAAUUCCAAAGAAUUAAAAAUAGAAAUUAACUUUGCAAGUUUGCAUACAUUGCAAAGCUGUUUUCACAAUGGGUACUUUGGGAAGUGAACCCAAUAGUUAUCGGGAUCAUAUUUAUUAUUCAUUUGGCUGUGAGUAUUAGGAUGUAACCUCUCCAAUUUAAAAUUAUAUAUAUAUAUAUUUUUUUUUUAUCAGUCAUGUCUUUUUUUUUUUUUUUUUUUUUUUUUUUUAUGCAUGUGUGAUGGUAGAGAGAGAGAGGAGAGUUUUUGUGAUUGGUUUUUAAUUUAUGACCAUUUGCCAAGGUCUUGUAUUUAUUUUGAAAAUUAUCAGUAUAGAAUGCAAGGUUUUGUAGUUUCCACAUUGCAGAUUUAUUCCAAAGAGUCAAUGUCUAUGGAAUGUACAACACUGCACUGUUUUUUUACACUAGGAUACUGUGGAGAGAUAAGCUGUUUUAAGGUUAUGAUGUCCUUAUUACACUGAACUCAGUCCAGCGUGUUGUAGUUUGCAGAACGAUAUACAAAGUACAAAUUUUACUUUAUGAGAUGUCUACAGCAGAUCUCUCUUGAGCUCUGGCUUGAAAUUGCUCUUUAUGAUAGUGGUACAUGUGAGGGCUUCUUCAGUCACACAUUAGAUGUCAUUAUAGAAAGAACUUUAUAUAUAGAGAUGUAGGGGGACUUUCUACCUCUACCUGUUGGAUAUUAAGUUCAUUAAGUUAAAACUAAUAUUCCAUAAUCUCCAUUCUUUUUGCAUUAAAAUGUGAAAGAUAUUUCAUUAUAAUUUUACAUAUGUAUUUUUCUGUGUGUUUGUGUGAAUGUCAGGCAGUUGAAUUGUACAAAUGUCAUAAUAGUUCUGUAAAAGUUUCUAAAAAAUUUUAAUAUGCUCUUUGUGAUCCAGUGAUAUUUUAAGAUUUAUAAGAACACUGUGUUGACAAAAUUGGAAUUGAAUUACUUAAUUAUUUUCAGUGUUACCAUGUUAGAUGUAAAAAAUAGACAAAAAAAAUCAGAGUAUUUAUAGAAAACUUUAUGGAAAAAUACAGUUACUGACAAAAA